CUUUCACCUCUAUGUUCGAAAAUGUGAGUGACAGUUAAAGGGUUAAAACAUUUGAACACUCUCGUGAUUACACAAUAUGCUGUUUAUGUAGGCAAUUUCUUAGUUUUUGAUACACAGCCUUAGACAUUGGCCUAAUCUGCAGCAGGAUUAAUAGAGCAGUAAACAGCUGACAAAACGCUUAAUUUUCUUUCCUAAUGUACACAUCGCAAUAUUUUUCCAUAUUUUCUGAGAUACUCAAGAGGAAACACAUUUGAAAAGGUGGAUAUUUAGAUUAUCAACGAUCAACAGUCUCCUCUCUAUUGGCCAGUCUAGUGUGCAUCUAUGAACUCCAUACCGCCCUCCACUUCUGCCGUCAGUAGCCCUGUCAGCUCCGUAGAUUCGCCACUGUCAGUCGUCAGCUCGUCCAUCGGCUCUCCCGGCGUUCCCGGCACACCAUCCGUCGGCUAUGGACCCAUCAGCAACUCUCAGAUAAACUCCUCAAUGUCUGUGUCUGGGUUACAUGCUGUCAGCAGCUCUGAUGAUGUGAAACCCUCUUUUGGCUUGAAGUCUGUCAGUGGCUCUGGGCCAAUGCUGUCCCAGAAACGCAUGUGCGCCAUUUGUGGGGACCGUUCCUCGGGGAAGCAUUAUGGUGUGUACAGCUGCGAAGGCUGUAAGGGUUUCUUCAAGCGCACAGUCAGGAAGGACCUGAGCUAUACCUGCAGGGACAACAAGGAGUGUCUGGUCGAUAAACGACAGCGCAAUCGCUGCCAGUACUGCCGCUAUCAGAAGUGCCUGGCUAUGGGAAUGAAAAGAGAGGCUGUUCAGGACGAGCGUCAGAAGAAUAAGGAACGGGAUGGAGACUAUGAAUGCAGCAGUUCAGCCAAUGAGGAGAUGCCUGCGGAGAAGAUACUGGAGGCAGAGACAGCUGUAGAGCACAGAUCAGACUUGCACUCUGAUGCCACUGGUUCACCCAAUGAUCCAGUCACUAACAUUUGCCAGGCUGCAGACAAACAGCUGUACACUCUGGUGGAGUGGGCCAAAAGAAUCCCUCACUUCUCUGAGCUGCCCCUGGAUGACCAAGUCAUUCUGCUUAGGGCUGGAUGGAAUGAGCUCUUGAUCGCUGCCUUCUCUCAUCGCUCCAUCAGCGUGAAUGAUGAGAUUCUGUUGGCCACAGGUCUACAUGUGCCCAGAGACAGCACUCACAACUUGGGCGUGGAGGCCUUUUUUGACAGGGAAAGUGCACACAGUGCAGAGGUGGGAGCCUUAUUCGACAGGGUGCUGACUGAGCUGGUCUGUAAGAUGCGUGAUAUGCAAAUGGACAGAACUGAACUUGGUUGUCUGCGUGCCAUAGUUCUGUUUAACCCAGAUGCCAAAGGUCUGACUAGCAGCAGUGAGGUGGAGCUUCUCAGAGAGAAAGUGUACGCGUCCCUGGAGGCCUAUUGCAAACAAAAAUACCCAGAUCAGCAGGGGAGGUUUGCCAAGCUCCUCCUCCGACUUCCUGCAUUGCGUUCCAUUGGCCUUAAGUGUCUGGAGCACCUUUUCUUCUUUAAACUGAUUGGAGACACCCCCAUUGACACUUUCCUAAUGGAGAUGCUGGAGUCGCCCCACUAGCUGCGUCAGAGGAAGAAUGGGAGAUGGGGUUUUUCUACCCUAGGUCCUGGAGAUAACUGUGAUUGCACUUUUUCUUCCCAGGGGAAUUACAACAAUUGGUCAGCCUCUGGUCUGGGGUAUUUUUUAUUUUUAUUUUUUUAGUUCAGAUAUUACUUUUCUUUUUCUCUUGACUAUCUCUUAAGUGCACCAUAGAGUCUAGAGAC